AUGUUUUUUGAAGGCAAAAUUCAACAGGCACAUCCAGAAAAGCAUUUAAAAAGCAUUGUAUCAUUGGCAGUUGUUGAUGUAAAAUAUAUUUUUUUGUACGUAAACAUUGGAUGUCAAGGAAGAAUAUCCAAUGGAGGGGUCUUCAACAACUGUGAAUUGAACGACAAAAUACAAAAUAAUGCACUGAACAUUCCUGAGCCCACUGCCUUGCCAGCAAGAACGGAAGAAGUUCCAUUUUACUUUGUUGGAGAUGAAGCUUUUGCUCUAUCCGAAAAUAUGAUGAAAGUAUAUUCAGGAUAUCAUGAACGUAGUUCUAAAGAAAGAUUAUACAACUACCGACUUUGCAGAGCUCGUAGAGUGAUGGAAAAUGCGUUCGGCUUAUUAUCUGCAGUUUUUAUAGUUUUGCGGAAACCAAUGCUGUUAGAACCAAAAACCGCGACAUCUGUUGUAACAGCAAUAACACUACUUCACAAUUUUUUAAGAAAAGGUAAUAACGCUCAUGUAUAUACCCCUGCGGGUAGCUUGGACGAAGAAAUAAAUGGGAUAGUCAGAUUAGGAAACUGGAGAGAAAGUAACAAUGAUAUGGCGAGUAUAUUACCCUUGGAAAUAAGACCGCGAAGGGCUUCAAGAACUGCUCACAAUAUUCGUAGUGAAGUUGCUGAAUAUUGCAUCCAAGAAGGGUCUGUCAGCUGGCAAGAAAAUUAUGCUUAUAAUAAGACUUACCGUAUCUGUUGUGGCAACAGAUGUAGGUAUUUCUAUCCAGUAGAAACAUCAUAG